GUCUCAAUUUUGAGAGAUUAACUCAAAUUUUAUGAUUCUUUCUACUUUAUUUUUUUUAGAAUUGAAAGUUUUGUGUGAAUUUCUCAUUCCGUUUGUAAGAUUUGAACUCAAUCCUCGUUUUUCCCUCUUUUUUCUUUGAUUUUCCUCACGUUUUCCCCCUAUAGCAGUGGCAAAGGCAUCUCAAUCACUCACUCGGGUAUAGCAAUCGACAAGUAUCUUCAAUUACAGUAAGUAUUUCUACCCUAUUUUUGGUUUAGUGCAAUGUUAUUUCUACAAAUGGGUCUUUCAUCUUCCCCAUUUUUGGGUUUGUAUAAUCUGUAAGUUUUGUAUGUUUUCUAUUGCAUGUGGCUUUAAUUUUGUUUUUGGUGUUGUUUUGGAUACUUUAUGUUAGAUUUGGAUUUUCUCUGUUUAUUUGAGAUUUUUUUGUUGAAUUAGUAGAAAAUAUAAUUUUUUUACACCAUGUUGUAUGAGGAUUUAUAUGGGUCUUUCCAAUAACAGUAUCAAUUUCUUUUACUGCUUUCUGCAUAAUGCUUGGAUGGUUAAUCAGCUCAGCAAGUGCCCACUCUGUUGUGAGCGAUGAGGUAUCAGUGCCAGCAGCAAAUAUGUCCUGUUAAAAAAUGAAAUCCAAUCCACAAUUUUUAGUCGUGUCGAACAAGAAAAUUAAGUAAGAUGUAUGGAAGUAACAACAUUGCAAAUGAUUUUAUCAUCAUCAGAAUUCUUUUAAGUUAUCUGAAUAGUCUACAAGCUACUGAUUUUCAACUUUUAUCACAAUGAAAGAGUUUAAGAAAGAGGCCAACUUAUGAAUUAACAAUUCAAUGAUAAUUGGUGACAAAGUAGCAACAAAAAGCAUAUUCUGUUCCAAAAUGAACUGUUUGAUUAUCAUGAUAUUUGACAUUUAUCUCAUUGCUUAGGCCUGAUUGUAGUAGCUAGUGUAUUUAGUUUUGUAUUUUUUCUUCGAUUUUCUAAUUUGUAUGCUUGUUGUUAUUGCCCUUCUUUUUACCUAUCUUAAAUUGAGGGUCUUUCGGAAACAAUCUUUUUGCCUUCUUGAAGGUAAGGGUAAGGUUUACGUACACACUAUCCUCCCAGACCCCACUUGUGAGAUUAUAUUUCAGUUGAGCCUAUCAAUUCUACUCUCUGCUCGUUAAAUUUUUUCCCUCCACUGCUGGCCUACACUAAACCCAUUUGAAUUAUUUUGGCAUUUGAAAAUUGUAAGUCCUUAAAAACAAAAACAAAAAAGGACUUGAAAAAGAGGGGCAUAACAAAAGGUAAAAAGCUUUCACUCUAUGGUUAGUUGGCACCUCGACUGAUCCUAAGCCAUGUUAAUGUGUGAGAAUAUGUUGGAGAAUAUACAUGUUUCACAUCGUAUAAGAGUUAAGAGUUACCAAAAUUGUUUCUAAGACUUGAGUUUCUCUCUCAAUUCAAGCGAUUGAGUCUACUUUUACUCUAUUGUAUAUUGUCGCCUCUCUCCCCCUCACUAUUGAAAUUUACUCUACUUCUUAACCUAAAUUCCUUUAAAACAAAUUAGAAGAGUAAAGAGAGAUUAAAAUAGGUAGAAGAAUAGCAAGUUUAUUUACUUUGUUUCUCUAUUUCAAAUCUACCGGUACUUCAUGAAAAUUACAAUAAUCUUUUCUUAAGAUAUUUAGUUAUGUUCUCUGUUAGAAUUAAUUAAUUUUUUCAUUUUCUGUUCUGUUAACCUAUGCUAAUAGACUACUCAUUUUCUUCCUCAUGAAAUCUUAUAGGUGAUAUUAUUACACAUUAAUCUAAUUUCCAAUGGAUAAAUCUUGAAUUGGAAUGCCAAGGAACACACCAGAGUACUUGCUUGGUUUGAAUCAAUUUCUAAAUUUUGCAUUUAACAAUGGAGCUAUAGGAGAUAAAAUAAAAUAUCCAUAUCCUAAAUGUGGUUCUAGGAAGUGGCAGACGAGAAAUAUAGUGUUUGAUCAUUUGAUAGACAAGUCGUUCCCUCAAAAUUAUGCCACUUGGGUUAUGCAUGGGAAAAUGAAUGUAUUGCAUAAUUCUGAAAAUAUAGAGGUCACUCAAGAUGCACCACCCAUUGAAAAUCCUGUAGAAUUGUUGAUUAAUGAAGCAUUCGGGGGCUUAAGGUAUGAGGGUGUUUAUGUAGGUCCAUCACAAGUAGUUGGAGAAGAAGAAAUGAUACAUAAUAUGUCCACUUCAAAUAACAAAGAUUUUUUUGAGUUGCUUAGAGAUGGACGUCAAGAAUUAUAUGAAGGGUCUAAGUACUCAAAAUUAGAAUUUUUGUUAAAGCUUUAUCACAUAAAGUGUUUGUCUGGGUUAAAUGACAAGGGAAUGACUAUGAUACUAGAUCUACUCAGAGAUGCAUUUAAAUUUGCAAAGAUUCCUCAUUCUUUUUAUGAAGCCAAAAAAACCAUCAGUAAGUUGUGUCUUGAUUAUAUCAAGAUAGAUGCUUGUCCAAAUGAUUGCAUAUUGUACUGGGAGGAUGAUGUUAAUGCAGAAGCAUGCAAGUAUUGUCACACUUCUAGAUGGAAGCCCGAGAAGGAGAGCAGUAAAGAACAUGCACCUAUUACAAGUAAAAAACAAAAGAAGAAGAAGAAGAAGAAAAAGAAGAAAGCUGCAAAAUUUUUGCGCUACUUUUCAUUAAAAUCAAGAUUACAAAGAUUGUUCAUGUGCUCUAAGAUUGAAGAGCAUAUGAGAUGGCAUGCAGAGGAUGGUAACAAAGAUGGAACCAUAAGACACCCUACAGAUGGUGAGGCAUGGAAGAAGUUUAAUACAACUUUUCUUGUAUUUGCUUCUGAUCCUCGAAAUGUUCGAUUAGGCCUGGCUAGUGAUGGUUUCAAUCCUUUUGGGACAAUGAAUACUAAUUAUAGUAUUUGACUUGUGGUUUUGGUUCCAUAUAACCUUCCUCCUUAGUUGUGUAUGAAGCAAUCAAAUUUUAUCCUCUCAAUGAUCAUUCCAGGUCUACGUACAGUAGGGAAUAAUAUAGAUGUAUACCUACAACCCCUUAUUAAGGAGUUGAAUGAGUUGUGGAGUGAAGGUGUGGACACUUUUGAUUCAUCAAAGGAUGAAAUGUUUAGAAUGCGAGCAACUCUUAUGUAGACAGUUAGCGACUUUCCUGGACUUGAUAUUUUAUCGAGUUGGAAUACACAUACUGGUCUUGCAUGCCCCUCUUGUAAUUUUGACGCAGAACCUUGUGGACUUCGUUAUAGUAGAAAGUGAUAUUUUAUUGGCCAUCGUCGGUGUUUGGGAAGAAAUCAUAAAUUUAGAAUGAAGAGACAUCAUUUUGAUGAAAAUGUCGAAGAGAGGACCCUUCCAAAGAAGUUAUCAGGAUCAGACAUUUUGCAACAAGUGAAAGAUAUCAAUGUCACAUUUGGGAGACAAACAGAAUUGAAUGAUAAAAGGAAAAGAAAUAGGAAAAAGAGUGUUGGAGAAGGUGUAACUCAACAAUGGAGAAAAAAAAGCAUAUUCUUUGAUCUUCCAUAUUGGGAGUCUAACUCAUUGCGCCAUAAUUUAGAUGUUAUGCAUAUUGAAAAGAAUGUGUUUGAUAAUAUUAUAUACUCUUUACUAAAUGAUAAAGAAAAAUUAAAGGAUCAUGUUAAGGUUCGAAGAGAUCUAUAAGAUAUGGGUAUAAGGCGUGAUCUUUGGCCGGAUGAGAAUGAUGAAUUUCGGCUUGGUGCAUUUACAAUUCCAAAGGAGAAGAAACUGGCCUUCCUCAAGACUUUAAAGAAUAUCUCAGUGCCGGAUGGUUAUUCAAAUAAUAUAUCUCGUAUUUAUUUGGAUCAAAAAAGGAUCUCUGGAUUAAAAAGUCAUGAUUGUCACAUCCUUAUGGAACAAUUAUUACCAAUAGCAAUUCCCAAACGUGCUUCCAAACCAGGUUGUUGCAACGUUGGUAGAGCUUUCCUCCCUUUUUAGGCAUCUUUAUCUGAAAAGCUUAAGCCUCUUAGACCUAGAAAAGCUACAAAAUCGGAUUGUGAAAACUCUUUGCCAUCUAGAGAUGUUAUUCCUUCCAUCAUUUUUUUUUUACUAUAAUGGUUCAUUUAACUGUUCAUCUAGUGGAUGAAGUAAUACAAGGUGGCCCGGUACAUUAUCAGUGGAUGUAUUUUGUUGAAAGGUAAAAUAUUUCUUAUUCGAAAUUAUUUUAAUAGAUCUUGUAAUAGUAUUUCAAUGUAAAUGCUAAUUUCAACGUAAAUGAUUCUUCUAACACUUAAUUAUUUUGGUUAGAGAUUAUUAGGUCAUUUCAAGUCCCUUGUAGGAAACAAAUCACAACCAGAAGGUUCUAUAGUUGAAGGUUACAUAGUUGAAGAAGCUCUAACUCUUGAUUCUCGUUAGUUUGAGGAAAUUGAGUUAAGGUUAAAUCGACCUAAACGUGUAAACGAUGAACCAAAUCAUAAUGAGGCUUCUGAAGUGUCAUCUAUGUUCCCUCAACAAGGUAAACAUGUUGGAGGCUCCACAACGGAAUUAUUGACUCUUUUGGAGAAAACUCAAGCUCAUCGAUAUGUGUUACCUAAUUGCGCAGCAGUAAAACCAUUUAUUGAGUAAGAAAUUUGAUUUGAUUUGAUUUAUAAGAAAUAUUUAGAGUAAUUGGAUUAAAAUUGAUGCAUAUAACACCUUUGUAGUGAAUUUAGACAUCACAUCAGAAGAAGUAGAGGCCGAAGACUUUCACCAACAGAGGUAGAGAGGAGAGUUAGUAAAGAGUUCCCUGAUUGGUUUCCUAAGCGAGUGAGUGAAUGAUAUUUAAAAUGUUUCCUAAUUGGUUUCCUAAGAUUUCUUGUCUCAAUUUGUAAUUUCUAACAGAAAUAUAUUGUUUAUUUAGAUUAUGAAUCCGGAUAUAGCUGACACUGUCUCUGAUGAUAUCAAGUUCUUAGCACAAGGUCCAGCACAAGAUGCAAGAAGAUUCAGUGCUUAUAACAUUAAUGAAUUCAAAUUUCGGACUUUGUCUAGAGAACAAGGAUUAAAAACUCAAAAUAGUGGAGUUUUUCUUGUUUCUGACACUUCUUGUGUUGCAUCUAGUGCAGAUAGAUAUGCAAGACAAGUAGACUUACCAUACUAUGGGAAGUUGAAAGAUAUUAUUGAGCUUAAUUAUUAUGGUCGAUUCAAGGUUAUUCUCUUUAAAUGCUAGUGGGCUGAUACUACUCGAAACAGAGGGUUCAAAAUAGAUGUUUGGAAGUUUAAUUGUGUCAACUUCUCUAAAUUGAUCCACACUGGUGAUCAUGAGGAUGAUGAUCCAUAUAUUGAAGCACCACAAGCAAAUAUGGUCUACUAUGUUGAUGAUGAAACUGAUAAAGGAUGGAGUGUGGUUGUACAUCUAAAGCCAAGAGAUUUUGUUUGAUAUGGGAGGGGUCGAUGAAGAAGAAAUAUACGAGAAUGAGCCAUACCGACAACAAGAAUUUGGACUUUUUUUUUAAUGUUGAUUACGAGAAUAUCCAAAUUGCAAUAGAGGAGCAUAUGACUGAAUAGAUAUAAUAAAAUAUCCAAAUUGCAAUUGUAACAAGAAUUUGGACAAUCAUUUUUUUUUUGCUUGAUUAGGAUAGUUUGAUUAGUAUUUUUUUCUUCAAAACUUACUAUCUUUUGGCUAAGAAAGUGAUCUUUAUUCUUUACGAAAAUUUUGUGAUUGUUUGUUGCUCGAGUUCUACGUAGAAUUCAGUAAAUGUUUGAUAAGCUAUUAUAAUGUUGAUCUAACAUGUUCAAACAUUUCUUUGAAUGUUUACUUUUUAACCAUAUUGGAUUCUUAUCUUUUAUAUUUCUCAGUUACUACUGUUUUUAGGAGCUAUAUUUUAUUAACUUGGUAUUGUGGUAUGCAGUUUGAUCCAUAGAGACUAUGCAAUCCUUCAUGGUGUUGUUGUAUUUGCUAAUAUUGAGGUAGCCUUCUUGUGUGAGAAGUCGUUAGGGCAAUUGAUGGUAUCAAUAACUUACUGAAAGUUCUUAAUUUUUUUGGUUUAUUUGUUAAGACAUUGUGGCACUGUUGAAUGAAUAGCAGUUGCCUAUAUAUCAUUGUCCCUGUGGUUAUUAGCAUGCUAUAAUACCAGCUAUGAGAAAGAGAACUUCAGUAAAUUUAUGUGUAUAUCUCAAAUUAGAUUUUAACUUGCACACCAUUCUUUUAUCUAGAAGUUUGUGGAUUUUCUUUACAUUGCUUAUUAAAUUCAUUCAUUAUUGAAUUGCAAAUAUGCCAAGGUUCAAGCAUUUGCUGAAAAACCAAAAUUCAGAUUAGUCGGUAUCUACUUCACAAGGUACUGAAUCAAUACCUUCUUUUCUUCAAUCAACGCUUUGAAUGCCAACACAUCCGACCACAUCAAUUUUUGCCACAACACAUCUGGACCCAUCAUUUCAGCCCACAUCACAGGCGGCUCCAACAUUUCAGUCGGCAUCACAGCCGUCUCGAUCAGUUCACUCAACAUCCCAUCCAAUUCCAAUGGAUCAGGCCUCAUCACAAUCAGGUCCAACAGUUCAGGCCUCAUCUAGAAAGGACUGUAGAAGCAAUAGGUAAAUACUUUUGACUAUUAGUACAUAUUCAGCAGUCCCUUCUAAGUCCCUUCAGACCUUACGUGAAAGUUGGUCACUUUCAAUUUUGUGAUGCAAUUGCAGUACUUAGCAGGUUUUCUCUGCAUGCUCGUCUUUAAAAUAAAAUUUGGAUAAUUUCAUGUGCUUUCCAAAUUUGCUUUUACGCUUUUUGGUAAUACUAUUAGACACUAAUCCUAAUAUGGUAGAUGUUGUUGAGAACUCAUCAGAUUUUAAUUUCUUGAAUGGGCUGCAAAUAGGCUUAACUUGUGGAGUGCAUCUAAAGACCCACUUAAAAGUAGAGCUAAGAUUUAUUGAUAAUGUGCCGGUUGGAAUUUCGCUGGAUCAAUGGAUUUCUUUUGUUGAUUACCAAUAUAAAGAUUCAACAAAAGUACUUAUGUAACUGCUUCUACUAGCCUUUAUAAUUAUAUUAUUGUUUGUUCUUCUAAUUGAGUUUCAAGUAUAUUUUUAUAAGGAAAUGAGUAAAAUAAAUGCUGAAAAUAGAAAAAAACAGACGAUUCCAUACACAGGUGGUUCCAAAGUCAACGCUACGAGAAGGGCUGAAAUGGUGAGUAAAUUAACUUACUAUGUAACUAUUUCUAAGUAGUAACUAAUUCUGAUUUGAUUUUAUUUAUAGAUGGCUCAGACUGGACAAAUACCUGGAUGAGCACAAAUAUACAUUGCUACUCAUAAGAAUCAAGAUGGAGUAUAUGUUAAUGAAGAAGCAAAAGAAAUAUGCGUAAGUUUUUGUGAAUUCUUAGCUUAUCUUAAGAAAUAAAUCAUGAGGACUAAUGAGUAUGCUAGAUAAUUGAAGUUUACUCAAACUUGAUAUAUUCUUCAAAAACUUUCCUGAAAGUAAGGUAAUAUUUUUAGCCCUGUGCUUCUAAUAUCUUCAUUACUUUCGAGUAAAAAGGAGAGAACAUAUACCUAAAACAUUCAGGUUUUGGGGCCAUAUUGGAGUUUUCUUAUGUCUUGAUGGAUCACAUUUAGAUACAGUCUGUCGGUCCAAUAGAACUGAACUAUUUCCAUAUCGUUCAAUGCCAUCAACUGUUCUGGCAUAUUUAAGCCUUUCUUCAGUUGGAAGAGCAAAGAACUGUUUGCUAAUAUCACACACUUUGUCAAGAAAUGAAUCUUCUAUUCCAUGAUUUAUGACCUGAAUUUUAAAUAUUACCCCAUAUAUAUGUUACUCUUAAACGUGAUGACUAGUGCUAUUUUUAUUUAAUUAUUUAAUUUUGAAAAUUUUAGAAAAUCUUGUAUAUGGAGUAUUCUAAUUAAUGAAAUAGAGACUAGAACCAUAAUAAAUCCUUGGGAAUUACUCUAAGAAGUUGUUGAUCAAAAGGAUAAUAUUUCUAACAUAGGUUGGACAACUAAGCCUAGAUUGGAAACAGGUGGGCGUGUCAAGGUUUAUAUAGUUCUGCUGAUUAAGAUAUGUAUAUUUUGACACUAGACAAAUGCAUUCCUAUUGGUUUAGUUGUGACAAUGAGUUUUGUAUGUGUAAAAAAAAAUUAAGUUAGCUUUGAGCCAAAGUACCAUAGACUAGUCUCAAAUUUCACCAAAUGAUGCCGUUGGUAAGGUGCUAGGAAAAGAGCACUCUGGAAGGGUGAGGUGUUUAGGAUUAGGCCCUGUCCUUAGUAGAAUUUUUAAACAAGUAAGACCUCAUUUUGGUGGUACAAGUGCUUCAGGUAGUGAAGGUUCAUGUUCGUCCCAAUGUCAACAUAACCAUAAUCAAAUGAUGAAUGCUCACAAUCAAAUGAUGAACACUUUCAAGGCAUAUAUGAUAAUGAAAGAAGGGACGAUACCAGAAUAGUUUGCGGGGUUCUUUGCUUCUCCUUCGACGGUUUCUCCUACAACGCCAAGUGAUGUGGACAGUGGACCCCUUUCGCCCAUGGACGCAAGAAGAUCAUGCGGUGAUAGUAAUUGUGUAGUUGAAGCAGAUUUUAGAAUGUUGGAGUGAAUGUUUUGUGUUUAAAAUAAUUUUUGAGUCUGAUGAUGCUACUUAAUGUUAACAAUUUAGUUUUAAAGACUAAUGAUAUUUUAUGAUAACGUUUUGUGAUUUUACGAUA